AUGAGCCGCCAGUUCAGUUCUCAGUCUGCAUUCAGCUCAAGGAGCCGGCGGGUCUACAGCUCUAGGUCUUCUGCAGGCUCUGGUGGUGGGAGUCGGGUCGUGGGGUCUGUGUGCCAAGGCCUAGGGAGGUGUGGUGGUGGUGGCAGUGGCUAUUGGAGCCAUGGAGGGGGGUUUGGCUCAAGGAGUCUCUACAAUCUGGGGGGCAGUAAAAGCAUCUCCUUGAGUGUAGCAGGCAGGAACGCCAGUGGGUUCCGCUUGGGCUUUGGGGGUAGCAGCUAUGGAGGAGGUGGUUUUGGGGGUGCUGGAAAUUUGGGAUUUGGGGGCUUUGGGCCUGUUUGUCCUCCUGGGGGUAUCCAAGAGGUGACUAUCAACUCGAGCCUCCUGGAACCCCUGCAUCUGGAGGUGGACCCCGAGAUCCAGCGGGUGAAGACCAAGGAGCGGGAGCAGAUUAUGGUCCUCAACAAUAAGUUUGCCUCCUUCAUUGACAAGGUGCGCUUCUUGGAGCAGCAGAAUCAGGUGCUGCAGACGAAAUGGGAGCUGCUGCAGCAGGUGAACACCACCACCCGGACCAACAACCUGGAGCCCAUCCUGGAGACGUACAUCAGUGAGCUGCGGAGGCAGGUGGACUCGCUCAAUGCCGAGCGCAUGCGCCAGAACACGGAGGCCAAGAACAUGGAAGAUGUCGUGGAGGACUUCAAGAAGAAAUACGAGGAUGAAAUCAACAAGAGGACCAACUCCGAGAAUGAUUUUGUGGUUCUGAAGAAGGAUGUGGAUGCUGCUUACAUGGGCAAAGUGGACCUGCAGUCCAAGGUGGACGCCCUGCUAGGGGAGACCAGCUUCCUGAAAUAUUUGUUUGAAACGGAGCUGUCGCAGAUGCAGACUGACAUCAGCGACACCAAUGUCAUCCUGUCCAUGGACAACAACCGCUCGCUGGACCUGGAUAGCAUCAUUGAUGCUGUGCGGAUGCAGUACGAGUUGAUCGCGCAGAAGAGCAAGGAUGAGGCCGAGGCGCUGUACCAGACCAAGUACCAGGAGCUCCAGAUCACAGCGGGAAGACACGGAGAUGACCUGAAGAACACCAAGAUGGAGAUUUCUGAGCUUAACCGCACCAUCCAGCGGCUGCAGGCUGAGAUCAGCAAUGUCAAGAAGCAGAUAGAGCAGAUGCACUCGGCCAUCGCGGACGCGGAGGAGCGAGGGGAGCGUGCCCUCCAGGACGCAAAGCAGAAACUGCAGGACCUGGAUGAUGCCCUGCAGCAGUCCAGGGAAGAGCUGGCCCGGCUGAUGCGAGACUACCAGGCCAUGCUGGGGGUCAAGCUGUCCCUGGAUGUGGAGAUCGCCACCUACCGCAAGCUGCUGGAAGGCGAGGAGAGCAGGAUGUCCGGAGAGCUGCAGAGCCAAGUGAGCAUUGCGGUGCAGAGCAGCCAUGUGACCGUGGGCGCUAGUGGUGGAGGUUACAGCGGUGGAGGCGGAGGCUACAGCAGUGGAGGAGGCUACAGCGGCAGUGGCAGAGGAUCCGGAGGUUACAGUGGUGGUGGAGGCGGCGGUGGUGGCAGCGGGAGAAGUUACGGAGGCUCCCGAGGGGGCAGUGGAGGAAGCUACGGAGCAAGCAGCCGGAGCAGCAGCAAGUUCAGCAGCGGCGGUGGCAGCGGUGGCUCCUCGCGCACGCAGAUCAUUCAGACCUCCACCAGCACCUCACACAGGAGGGUGGUGGGCUAG